AUUAAAUAAGGAUUUAAAACUCUCCGCGCCAACCAUCCAACAACUUUCGCUUUCUAGUCUUUACCGAACCUGGUUUAACAGCAACGACAAGAAAUGUCAAGGAGUCAUUUCUUCAAACACCUAUCGUACACUCUCGUUCACCACCACUGCCCAUCAUAUCUUUCUCCUCCACUCUCGGUUUACAAAUUUCCACAUCGAUGGAAGAAACCCAGCUCUUCCUCACUCUUCUCAAAAUCUCCCAUUUCUUCUUCUUCUUCUUCAUCACUCUUCUCUUCUUCUUCAGUCACUGCCUCGCCCUCAACAACAACAACAACAAGUGAAUCCUAUGCUUACCUUUCUGUUCUCAUUCGAUGCCCCAAACAUGUCGCUGAUAGCCUUUCAGAGGCUCUUUUAUGUUUUGGUGCCAGUUCUACAAGUAUGGAUGAAGAUGAUGACUUUGAUGGUUCUAAUGAGGUCUGCAUUGAUUCCAUAUUUCCUGAAUUUGAAGAUGUGGACAUGUGCCUUUCACAAGCAGCCAAUUCCAUUGGCUUGAAAGAGACACCCCCUUAUGAGGUUAAUCUUGGGGAUCAAUAUGAAUGGGUUCGGAAAACUCAGGAAUCAUUUCAUCCAGUUGAAAUAACUGAAGGACUUUGGAUUGUGCCCGAGUGGAGAUCUCCCCCUGAUGUUGAAGCAACAAAUAUAAUCCUGAAUCCUGGAUUAGCUUUUGGAACCGGGGAGCACCCUACUACUAAGCUAUGUCUGUUGCUACUAAAGAAGUUAAUAAAGGGCGAAGAACUUUUCUUGGAUUAUGGCACAGGUUCUGGAGUUCUUGCAAUUGCAGCACUGAAGUUUGGUGCUGCUUUAUCAGUUGGAUUUGAUAUAGAUCCUCAAGCAAUCAUGUCUGCACGUCAUAAUGCCACUCUGAACAGUAUAGGACCUGAGACAAUGGAAUUGCACUUAGUUCCUGGCAAAACCUGCUCCUCCUUGGAUGGAAGAGAAGAUGAAAUGGUGAAAGAGCAGAGCUGUUACGGAACUGGAGUCAUCUCUGGAACAGAGAAAUAUGAUGUGGUCAUUGCUAAUAUUCUCUUGAAUCCACUCUUGGAUUUGGCAGAUCAUAUUGUUUCUUAUGCUAAAUCUCAGGCAGUUGUUGGCAUUUCUGGUAUUAUAUCCGAGCAGUGCUCAUGUAUUGUGGAUCGGUAUUCAAUGCUCUUGGAAGACAUAUCAGUGUCAGAGAUGGAUGGUUGGGCCUGUGUAAGUGGAAGGAAGAAAAUUUAGUUUAAUAGAAGUUGAAGAAGAUCCUAGACACUCCUAAAACUAUGAGCAUAUAUACACCACGGGCUGAAUUUGAGAUUCAUUUGUCGAUAGCUGCGAUCACUCUCAAGUCAUGUAGGUCCGGUGGAAUUCUGAAAGCCUUGUUGCUAACAUCAUUCCAACCUGGGGCGUGGAAUAUUGUGAAACUCUCUUGUGGUGCAUCAAACCUGAGAAAGGGUUGCAGUUUUUCGGAGGUGAUAUUUCUCACCUUGCGUUUAGUCUUUGAAAAACAUUAUUGUCUCAUUAAUUGAUCUGGGUGGGUCUCAAAGAAUUGCAAAUCUGCCUGCAAAAGCUUUUCAACUAGCAUAGUUCUGAAGAAGGUUAACUGUACAGAUAGCUGAGAUUAAAUUGUCCAUUUCAUCAUCAAGGCUUUCGGACCCCUUUUCUAA